AUGUCCAUAGUCGUGCCAGAGCUUCCUGGACUACGGCCUCUAUCGCGGGUUGAUUGCACAGGUAUCUCGGCGGCCUCACUACCUGGAACAAGGUACAAUGCGAUCUACAUGUACAUCUGCUGCUCAUGCGGAGACGGGCCUAAGGUCUACAACAUUCAACCCAGGUGCGUGGUCUGCAACCACACUGUCUGCAGCAAAUGCCAGGAGGUAAAAUGA